AGUGGCCCGGGCGCGCUGCUGGCGGCGGUUGGUGGCGCGCGGCGCCGGCGAGCGGUUGGCGUGAGCGGGACCGAGAGGAGGCAGCCAGAGCCGGCGCCAUGGUGGAGAAGGAGGAGGCCGGCGGCGGCAUCAGCGAGGAGGAGGCGGCUCAGUAUGACCGGCAGAUCCGCCUGUGGGGAUUGGAGGCCCAGAAACGGCUGCGGGCCUCCCGGGUGCUUCUUGUCGGCAUGAAAGGACUUGGGGCUGAAAUUGCCAAGAAUCUCAUCCUGGCAGGAGUGAAAGGACUGACCAUGCUGGAUCACGAACAGGUAUCUCCAGAAGAUCCUGGAGCUCAGUUCCUGAUUCGUACUGGGUCUGUUGGCCGAAAUAGGGCUGAAGCCUCUUUGGAGAGAGCCCAGAAUCUCAACCCCAUGGUGGAUGUGAAGGUGGACACUGAGGAUAUAGAGAAGAAACCUGAGUCAUUUUUCACUGAGUUUGAUGCUGUGUGUCUGACUUGCUGUUCCAGGGAUGUCAUAGUUAAAAUUGACCAGAUCUGUCACAAAAAUAGCAUCAAAUUCUUUACAGGAGAUGUUUUUGGCUACCAUGGAUACACAUUUGCCAAUCUUGGAGAGCAUGAGUUUGUAGAGGAGAAAACCAAAGUUGCCAAAGUUAGCCAAGGAGUAGAAGAUGGACCUGAUACCAAGAGAACAAAACUUGAUUCUUCUGAAACAACUAUGGUCAAAAAGCUUGAUCUGAAUUUUGAGCCAGAAUGGAACCAGGUCUUUGGGAGCUUAGCUCUGUCUCCCUUCAUGCUCCUGAAGUUCCGCACAGAUAAAGGAAGAGAUCCUAGUUGUGAUGCGUAUGGGGAAGACUCUGAGCUGUUGCUCCAGAUACGAAAUGAUGUGCUCGACUCUCUGGGUGUUAGUCCUGACCUGCUUCCCGAGGACUUUGUCAGGUACUGCUUCUCCGAGAUGGCCCCGGUGUGUGCGGUGGUUGGAGGGAUUUUAGCACAGGAAAUUGUGAAGGCGCUGUCGCAGAGGGACCCUCCUCACAACAACUUCUUCUUCUUUGAUGGCAUGAAGGGGAGUGGCAUCGUGGAGUGCCUCGGCCCCAAGUGA